AUGUUCUUUCUAUGCACGCUGCUAUUAGUUUCUCUGAAAUCAAUCAUCUGUUUACGUUUUUGUGAUUCUUCACCUAAUUCUUCACUUUUUCGGGUUAUAGGUGGUACUGUAACUGGCACAAGUGAAUAUCCAUGGCAGGGCGCUCUCGUCUCCUACGACUCUGAAGGAAGCGGACUAAUAUGUGGUGCAACUAUCUUGGACGAGUACUGGAUUCUCACGGCGGGCCAUUGCAUAGUAGCUUCGCCUAAAAAGACAUAUAUACUCACUGGAGUCAAUUCGCUCAGUAAUCCGAAUCACAUUCAUACUGUUGAACGUGCUUUUGUACAUCCAGACUACGAUGCUGAUCGAAUGUUCAACGACAUCGCCGUCGUUAAGAGCAAACAUUCGUUAUUCGAUGAUGGCAUAUCGAGCGUUUGCCUCCUCAAAAACGAUUCAGAAGUUCUCUCAUCAACUAAUAAGGGAAUCGUCACAGGUUUCGGGCUUCAUAUAGUUAGUGAAUCGAUAUUCGGGGUGACUCUGAGUGUUAGCGAUGUCAUGCUUCAAACAUCUUUGCCAAUUAUUCCACUUCGCAAAUGUCAAAAAGAAUGGCAAUUCGUGUCCCGAGGAGCUAUAACUAUAACUCAGAAACAAUUGUGUGCUGGAUCGAAAAUGCGUGGAACUGGACCGGGCGACAGCGGUGGACCGCUGCUCGCAAAAGACAGGCAUGGAAGACUGGUACAGCUUGGAAUCACCUCGUUUGGAGCAGCAGGGCUCCAAGGGCUUGUGGAUCAAUCUACAUAUCCCGGUGUCUACACUCGUGUCUCUUCGUACGUUCCAUGGAUCGAGUCAGUAAUCAAUGCUGGCGCAACAUCCGUUGCUUCCUUGUUUUUGUUUACACUAAUACUUGAGAUCAUCUGA